AUGAGCUAAGACAAAAAGUCCUUUUUUGAUUUUACUUCUCCUUUUGAUUUAGAGAGAUAAAUCGAAAUUUUUCAUAAGUCACAUAAAGAUCAGUUCUUUGUUCCUAAAAAUGACAAAUUUAAAAUGAAGACUCUAGUACUCUAAAGGAAUUAUCUUAUAAAAUACAAUGAGAAAGUAUCAUAUAAUACUUAUAUAAAAAGAGUACUACAUAAAAGUAUUUCAAUAUAACAAAUGCGUUAAUUGAAAUUGUUAGUCAUCCAAAAAUGGGUCUUGGAAUAUCACUUACUAAAAAUGGUGGAAAUUUUACAUUUUACGGUAUUGUUGAAUAAUGGUUUAUUUAUAUGAAAAAAUGGUGUAUCUAAUCCAAUUUUUCUAAAGAAUACAACAUUAUUAUUAUGAUUGGAAAAGGCAGUUUUGCUAAGGUACUAGCACUUAUAUUAUUUUAGGUUUUUAAAAUUUAAAGAAUAAGUGAUAGAAAAGAAUUUGCUGUAAAAGUGUUUGAUAAAUCGAUUUUGAAAAGUUAAGAUAGACCUGCUCUUCUUAAAGAAAUUGAACUUCUAAGAUUGAUGAAUCACAAAAAUGUUGUUACUAUUUAAGAAACUUACGAAAACGAUUAAUACAUCUAUUUAGUGUAAGAACUGUAUUAAGGAGGUGAAUUGCAUAAGGAACUGAAGAGAAGCAGAACAUUCUCAGAGAGAGGUGCAUUCAUAAUAGUUCAAUAAGUUAUUGAAGCAUUAAUUUAUGUGCAUUCUCAUGGAAUAAUUCAUAGAGAUAUAAAACCUGAAAAUAUUAUUUUGAGAGAAGAAGGAAUAAUAGAUUAGAUUGUUUUAGCUGAUUUUGGAUUAGCAGAUUAUUAUAGAAAGGAUUGUAAAUAUAUGUUUACUAGAUGUGGGACACCAGGAUACGUUGCACCGGAAUUAUUAUAAGAUAAAAUUUAUGAUCAUAAAGUUGAUGUAUAUAGUUGUGGUGUACUUCUAUAUUACCUACUAGUAGGAAAGGGACCUUUUGAUUCUAAUAAUUAUGAUUUGACAGUGAAAGCAAAUUUUAAUGGAUAAGUUGAUUUGACUAAAUUCAAUUUUACAAAUGAAUGUCUUGAACUUUUAAGAGGGAUGUUGGAUCCAAAUCCAUAAAAUAGAUUAACUCUUGAAUAAGUUAAAAAAAGUUAGUUUUUUAAAAGACAUAAUUUUACAUAUAAUCAAGUUAGUAGUUAAACAAGUUUAGGAAGCAUAAAUUAUUAAUCAGAUUCAUAAAUAUAAUCUCCAUAAUAAUCACCAUAUCAAGAUAACAGAAAUUUUAAUGAAUAAAAAAGUAGAUUUGUAUAAUAUAAUUCUCCUUUACAUUCACCUAUGAGACUCAAUUCACCAAAUUUAUCACCCUUAACUGGUCCUUAACAUAAAAGCCCUAAUUUACAAAGAGUACCAAUUUAAAUAUGA